GUGACAUAAAUACGUGCACUAAUUCAUUUCUUGGACGUUCUUUUGUUCCUUCACUAGUGAAUAAAAGUACCCUGAAAAAAAUAUGGCUGAGAUAAAGUCCAGUGGUAGAACUGUGCUUAUUCCGGUAGAUGGCAGUGAAAAUGCAAGCACAGCCUUCCAAUUUUAUAUUGAUGCUGUCCACCAACCUGAAGACCGGUUAAUUGUCUUACAUGCUUUUGAGCUUCCUCCCCUGCCAUAUUCAUCAGGACCUUGCUGUAGAGCUCAAACUAUGCAGAAAGACGAUGGAGGAAUUAAUGAACAUGUUGUCUUUGCAUAUUAUGAAGAAUGGAGUCAAAUGGUGAAGGAGACCAGAGAGGGACAGGAAGCCAUGUUAAAAAGCUAUGAAGAUCAGUGUAAAGAGAAGAACGUUCACUAUCAAGUCCUGAUGGUAGUGGGAAAACCUGCUGGUGAAGUCAUCUGUAAAGUGAGUGAAGACGAGAAGGCUGAUUUGAUCAUUAUGGGGACCAGAGGUCAAGGCUUAUUGAGAAGAACCCUUAUAGGAAGUGUUAGUGAUUAUGUGGUUCAUCAUGCUCAUAUACCAGUAGGGGUAGUCCCAGGGCCUCAGAAACUUAAACAAGAAACAUAGAUUGUACUUCUUCUCAGUUGUCAUUCAUUCUCAGAGCAUGCGCACAAUCAACAAAUGACUUUUAAAUCAAUAGGAACAAAAAAAGUGACAAAAUUUUGAAAAUAAAGAAUUAGUGUUACUUCACUAGGGGCGUUACUAUCAAUGGGCAUUACUCACGUGACAGCCAUGUUCAUUCUCAAUAAAAUAAAAUAAAAUAAAAUAAAAACAUAAAGUUAUUUUUGAGCACUUGAAUGCAAUGCUACAAGUUGGAAAAUCUAUCCAUUUAACAUGGCUGCCAGGUGAGUAAGGUCCUUGGAAGUGAACUCAGAUUUUUUCAUUAAAAUUUGGUGCACUGGAAUGAAUAUUUGUCAUUAUGAAGAUAGACGGGCCACUGUAGGGUAAGCAUGCGCCAAAGCCUUAGUUUUCCUCAGGACGAGACAAUACAUUGAUCAGCAUGUUCAUGUAAGCAUUUGGGGGAACCAAUAAAAUGAAAUUGUAAUUAUU